UCUAAAAGAAAAAUAGUAUGGGAAGUGAAUCCCUACAUGCAGACAUGCAUCCUGUUUUCCUUUGAUCUUGGCAUCAUCUAGUAGCUGUGUUUUGAUUCAUAGUGACCAGAAUAUCACGAGAAAGGAAAUAUACACCCAUAUAUAUAUAUACAUAUAUAUAUAUAUAUAUACUUAUUAUGCUGUCUUCUGGGAACAUGGUUUGUAUUCUUAACUUGGGAGCAUAUGCGUGAAUAGAAUAAUUUUGAGGUCUUGUUGUGGUGCUAAUGAGAAAGGGAAUGCAAAACCAUCUGAAGUAUCUUGUGAUUAUGGUUGUGAUAGAAUCUAAUUAAUACUCUACUUAAUAAUUUUUAAUAGCAUACUGUAUCUAGCCUUUAUGUGUCAACCUUGUUUACCCCUGGAAUGUCUCUCUGUUCAAACCCAAAGACCUUAGUAUGCCGCAUGCAUUCGUGUGCAUUGUAUUGCAUUGAAUUUUACGUUAUCUGCCAGUUCCACAGAAAAUUCUGUCUUUUUUUUAGCUCUACUCCAACAUAAAAUGAGGUCAAAAGGACAUUCACAUUAUGGUACAGCUGCAGGGCUUGUUUUGUGGACUGCUCAGCAGUGGUUAAUCCUGAGGAGGUCUAGGGUGAUACUGAUUACAGACAGAGUGUAGCUUAAUUAUAAGGGAUGAGAGGUGCACUGUCCUGUUACAGAAAGCGAUUCACUAAGAUCAACUUUGGGUAGGGUAAAGUAAAUGGCUUCUAAUGUGUUAGGAUCAUUUGCCCUGACUAUCCAUCUCACCUGUCAGCUGUCCAAAUUGCACCUGCCAAAGUCAACAGUGAGUCAGUAAACAAGAAUUAUCAUAUUCUUAUUUUUUGGAGUCUUCUCCUUAUUAUCAUCUUAAAAUGAAUUCUAUCCCUUCAGAUUCUUAAAUCAGUAAUUAAUUAGGCUGGUGCACUGCUGGUUUUGGUUGCUAAGACUUGGCAAGAAGUCGUCUUCACAGAUGAGGUGCUUUAAAUCCAUAAAGCACCUAGUUUCAGGAGUCUGCUGGAGUCUCUCACUUCCCACCUGUCACAUGUAGUCACUGUCUGGGCAGCUCUCUAUGUAAGAGGGCUCUGCUGUUUCUUCCUUUCAGUCCCCUCCCAUUUAAAAACUGUAUGUGCUUGGAGUGAAACAGCCCCUCUACCCAAUGCAGGGCAGUGCUGUGAAUUGGCUACCAUCCCCUGGGGUGAUGGGGUUUAGGGGGCCAAUCAGAUCAGAACAACUUGUGGCAGCUCUGACCAUGUGAUAAGCCUGGUACUGGGAGUCCCAAGUCUCCUGCUAAACCUGUUCUUAAUUUCUAACACAGUGACUUCAGUGUUAACAAACCUUUCCUGUGUUUCCUUCAUGGUAACUAUUAAUAGGUGAAAUGUUGAUUAUUGUUUCCCUUGCCAGGCUGCUGUUGUACUUUAUGCCUUGGGACAUUUGAAGCAGAACAGAAUAUUUAUUUAAAUAUAUGUGACAUUGCAAAGGAAAUAAUGGUGACUGGGACUUUGCAAGCAAUAGGUUAGGCUAACCUGGAAACACUUCCUGUUUCCUAAGCCUUUUCCUUUUUGUCUUCAUCAACAUAUUCAUUCAUUUCCCAAGUGUUCUAUAUUCUUCCAAAACCACAGCUGGGACAGCUGGAGUGCUCAGUGAACUGCCUGCCAUCCUUGAUGUACAGCUGUACUGACACUGCAGCUGCUCCUGUGCACGUGAGUCACAGCCUGGCCUUUGUACGCUCUUCCCCACUCCUGCAAACUGCAUCAUUUCUGGUGUUAAGCUUUAAUGCUGGAUCUAAGAAUGAGCUGGGGAGCAGUCAGGUUGUUAAUAUGCUGACUUUGACCAAUCCAGUUAAACUUUCCUAUUGCAUCCAUCAGGACAUUCAAGGCUACUUGCUCGUCAGAGUCCCUGUUGACCUUUGGGUACGAUUAGGACCCACUGGCCAUGCGUGUGAGUUAUGCUCACAGGGGAGAAAGGGUUCAAGAGAAAGAAAUCGUAGGCUAUUGCUGCCUUAUAUUUAAUCACUUUGAAAUGCCCAUUUUUCUGUUUGAGUUAGAAACAGUUGCCAGAUAAAAAGCAGCCUGUGGAGCAAGCAUGAUCUGGUGUUGAGCAAAUCUGCUGAGCAGCUGUAGAUUAUUUUUGUGCUGUAGGUAACAUCUGCUGUAUACGACAAAGACAGUAGGUAAAACUGAGAAAGAAGGCAUUUGCUCUUGAGUUUUGUAACUUCAUUACAAUGUCAGCGUAACUUCAGUACUUCCAUAUUUCAUUUGUGUAACUUUACGUUACACAACAAAACUCACAGUUAUUUCUUCUCAUGGAUUUCUGCAAACAUAUAUAAUAGUUUUGCAGGAGCAAGUGCAACAUUUCUCAGUUUAAUUCAUGUGCCAUGAGUUUCUUGCCUUACCUUUACUAUAUAAUACAAUUAGUCCUUACCUUUUCUAUGUAGAAGCAACAGUAAGCACCUCAAACAAAUGGAUACACUGUGGUCUUAAAAUGUUUUGUGCUGUACAAAGCUACUUGCUAAUCUGAACAAAAUCAAACAAACCUCAAACCACAAUCAAAAUCAAUAUUGCUGCUUCAAAGAUAAAUAUGUAGGUUUGGUUUAUAAUAACCAGGCUAUGUUCUUAGAUCAAGUACAUUCCCAGGUAUGUACUUGGUAGAUUGAGCAGACUCAUGUACCAAGCUCUGGUGAAAGCCAAGGUGAUUAAAGGUAGAAUGUCAGCUAGCAGGUAAAAUUUUAUCUUGCUUUUGUUCUUGCUGUUUCAGACUAGGCCUUUAGCUUGUCUGUACCUGCAUCCUGCAUCAUGAGAAGUGUUUUAGAGGAAAGGCUCAAGAAGAACAGUGGCAGAAAAUGAAGUACCAAUGUGCCCAGAGAGCGAACUUUGCCAGUCUGUUAAAAAUCAGUGUUUAUCCUAUUCCCCGGAAAGAAGAUGCUUUAUAUCCUGUUAUCUUUUGUGAUUAUGGAUGUGCUUAAUUAUCCAAAUUUGUAGCAGAGGUGCAGAGGAAAAAUUCUCAAGUGGAAAUGUUCAGGUCUCGUACUAUUUCUUCCCUUUCAUGCUUCUGGUCAAGAUGUAGCUCUUGUAUUUCAGGUUAAGGCUUGACUGGUUUUAGCAAUAGUUUUCCUUGGUACAAGAGCAAGUUUUCGGGGCUAAUGAUUUGUGACUAACAGUGAAGAACAGCAAGAAGUCCUUACUACCUUUAGCAUUAUAAUCCAGUUUCUCAGACUGGGUGAUCUGUAGUUCCUAGGCAUACCUCAUGGCACACUAACAUGUAGAUGCAAUACCUGUGGAAGUCUGAGGCAGAAACACUACUGAAUUUGAAGAGGUGGUAAAAGGCAAAGCUCUUGCCUACCAUUUCUGUUUCAAGUCCUCAGUUGUAUGUAUAAAUGCCAUAGCCUGGUAGAUUCUGAUUCAGGUUAGUGUAAUUCUUGAAAUUUAAAAUAGUUGAAAACUGGGGUUAACAGCAGCCUUUCACAAAAUUUUGUCCAUUUCCCCAGUAAAAAUUGAGAAGGUCAUAAAGGGAUUAUUACUCUUGUGUUUAACUUAGGUGAACUUUUAGCUUUAAGGGCUAUUAAUAACCAUCAUUAGCUUCUUACUUAUCCUUCACUUGGAAUGCCUUCACACUUACCUGACUUAAGGGAGAGUCACUCUGUUCUUUGUCAGAUGCUUUAGCCCCCCUGCUCCUGUUUGUUGGGUAACGUGCUGUCCUCAGUGUUUCCUAAUGUAUGCAAAAGCCAGCAGCUCUUAGGAUUUGGAGUGGAAAUGCUGAACUGACACUGUCAUGUAGUUGAGGUAUUACUCCGGUUUUGUUUUGUGCUGGAGCUUUGCCUAUUUGAGGGCUUUGUGCCUCACUGGCUGAAGCAGACUGAUGUGUACCACAAGUUCACAAGUAAACAUUGCUGCAGUGAGUGAAGUUCCUUGAGCAAUAUCUUUUAUACACUGCUCUUCUAAAAAUGUGUAACUUCACAAUCGUGACCUCCUGUGGUACGAUCUCUGCAGACCUUAUAAGUGGAUCAGGGAUGGAUGAGAUUGGUGUCUGAAUGAGAGAGAUUAUGAGAUCUUGGUUCAUUUUGGGUGCAAGGUAGUCUUCCUUCUCAAUGGCCUGCACCUGGGAAGCAAUAUCAGGUUGUCAUCAAAGAUCACAUAGCAUUUAUCACAGAAGCAGAUGAAUGUUCUAAUCAAAUUUAAACUUUCUAAUUCCACUUGGUCAACAAGUGUUACUGGCUGCUGUGUGCUCAGCAGAGAUGCUGUGAUCAUCUCAAACAUCGCCAGGUCCUUCUCAAAGCUGUCAUCUUCGAGAUACUAUGACUACCUAAUUUGUCUGGAUGAAAUUACAGUGAGAGAAGUACACUGUGCUGCAUCUUGCUAAAUUUCUUCUGUCUUCUUAAAGAUCUCUUUCAUCUUAUAACAGGAAGGGCACUAUGUCCUGUUGAUUCAAAUAAGCCAUGUCUUACUGGAAAAGCAGGGCUUCAAAAAAAUAAAAAAAAAGCUAUAGAUGCAUUUGCAAGAAUUUUUAGUUAUAGAUCAGUAGCACAAUAUAAAGGUGUAUGGUUUACGUUGUUGAAUCUACUGUGACACUUUGAGAGCUUUAAUAUUGAUUUUAAGGCACAGAAGCACUCUGUGAACUUUUCGUUCACCUUUUGGACUUUGAGCUGUGAAUGUGGGUUCUGAUAGGCUGAACUUAAUCCAAAUACUUAGGCAUUUGUAAGGUUCUGUGUGUAUGUUUGGUUUUGCUUGCCCAUUGAACCAAAUCAUUCAUUAAGCAGCCAGGCUGCAAAUCCUUUGAGAAUUUCACCUCUUAUUAUUUUUAUACUGCGUUUUGUGUGUUUAUGUGUAGCUAUGUAGUACAUUAACACUGUACCUGACAUUUUUCCGUUAUUAAAUUAGCUUUGUAGAGAAACUGGUUAACUAUUAAAGAAUUUUUGUCUGAGUAUCCUUUAACUCUUCCAUGGGAAGCAGAAUUUGUCUCUUGCUGUACUGCUUAUAGGCUUAGCCUCAACGUGAGAAUUGCAAAGUCCUUUUCUGACAAUUCAAACCUUGCCUUUUACUUAGCAUAUUUUUUGAUGGAUCAUAAAGCAUUUCUCAGAAAUAGUUGAUGGUGCACUUCCCACUUUUAAAAAGUAGCAGUUAGACAAUUUUUUGACGCAGCAGAUGACCUGUGACAGACACAGACCGGAAGAGCUGCAGCGAAAAUGCUUUUGUUUCUGCAGUCUGGGAGCAGAUAAGAAUAUUUCCCAGACCUUGUCAUAUGAGAAUAUGCCAGGUGAGUGAGGCGGUUGUAACAUCCUUUUGAAUUGUAUCCAUGCAGCGAUGCUGUCAUGUCGAGAGUGUGGUAUUUCCAUGGCUGAUGUCUAUGUUAAAGCAGACAUUAUAGCACAUGUCUGUGUAGGAGCAGGUACCCGAGUAUACUCUCACUUUGAUUAACUUUAGCAAGUAAACAGCCUAAUGAGGAGCACUAAUUAAAUAGGGAAAUUGCUUGAGAAACUGUGUCACACCAAAUGCAUCUCUUUACUCCACAGGUGCAUUUGUACAGGCUCGAACCCCACCCUACUUAUGAUCCUUCCUUUUGGUUAUUAGGAAAGUAAUUCUUAUGCUUGUCAAGACAACUUAACUGUUACUUGCAUCAAACCCUUCCUGGGCAUGGCACUUCGCAGUUGCUGUCAGGUGCCCUUGCAAACAUAUUCUCACAGGGCAUUGCCUAUUUCUUUACUACUAUAAACGUCUUGGUGUCUGGCAGUGGUCUGCAUGCCUGAGGUGCUCCUUCUGCUCGUAUGCCUUCUUCCCAUGGGCAGUUGCCACUGUUCCUACCCCUUGCCAGCUUCAGGGCAUUCUUCUCUCCCACAUGUUCCUGGCAAGGUCACCACUAACCUCCCCUUCUAUGUGCUACCUGGAGAGCUGGCAAGAAGCACACAGAGUGCAGCCAGGCCUGGAUUAAAACAGUAGAAUCUGGGAUUUAAUGUGUUUGUAUCUUACUGCCCUGCGUAGACAGUGUUGAGCAAGUCCCCUGGGUGCCUGCACUGUCCUUCCUCCCAUCAAUCAAGGAGUGCUAGCGCUGCUGGUUAGCCUUGUACAGGGCUUCAGGUCUACAGAUAAACGCUGAGCAGCUGGAAGCAUUUGACACUAUAUCCUUUGAGAUGACCGAUUUGGCAGAGUCCCGCUCUGCAGCCCAUUCUGCAGAGCUGGCCCAUAGCUCUGCUGCAGAAUGCAGUGGGCACAGCGGGCAUGGAGAGCAGAGGGGUCCUCCUCCUGCAGGUAAGCAUUGCUUGAUCUCAGUCCUGGUGAAUGUGCAAAAUGCUGUGACCUUCCUGAAUCCAUGUAUGUGCUUUCUGCUCUUCUUGUGUUGGAGUGCAGGAUGGGAUGCUGGUCCUCUCAAGCCCUGUGAUUGGAAGCUGGGGCAUGCUGCUUCCCAGCAAACCCCAGUGAAUGGGGAAGAGAGGAGCCAGGGAGGGGGAGGGAGGGAGCUGCUCCUGCUCCAGCAGUCUCAACAAAAAAAAGUCAGAUCACGCCAUUGGAUUCUGCAUUGUGUUUGUCUUGGAGCGUGUACAGCAUGUGUGUGUGUGGAAAGGAGCAGAUGGCUUCUGAGUGGAGAUGGAUUACGAAAAGGCAAACUGCAGAAAGUGGUUUCUGAAAGGGUUUUGAAGAAGAAGGGGAGAAAACCUUUUCUUUUAAAAAUUCAGUAAACAUAAAACCUAACAGCAGUUGAUACAGCAGCAGUUUUAUCUUAUGUAGUGAUGCUUCAGAGAAGGAACUUUAAAAGUUUCAGGUUUUGCUGUUUUAUUGUAAUCGGACUCGUAGAAGAUUUCUGUUUUGAUUUUUUGUCUGCUUAUGCUUUGGUGUCUCAAGACCAGAAACUUAGAGUUAAUCAUUAUGAUCUGUAGCUGUUGCAUUAAUCUGAAUUCUUAAACCACCUCUCUGAUAUUAAUGCAAUCACUGUCUAGCUUUCACUAGCAGUUCACUUGAACAAGCUGAGAGUCAUUCUUUGAAAAAUAUGAUUUUCUAGAAGAAGUGCUGAUGCUAUUUAAUUGUGUGAUAACCAAGUAUGUUUUGAUGAUUGUGUUUUGCAGGUCUAUUGGUGUUUCUGGUGUAUGUUAAUGUGUAACACUUUUCCAUAAAGGGGGCCCUGGAUCUGAGCUUGUGAUCUUAGAGCUGAUUUUUUUUUCCUUCCCUGGUGAAAACAUGCCGCUUGAUUGCUUUCUAACGAAAAGUGUGUGUCAGCCAUGAUCCCGCAGUGAGCUGUAUGUGUGUAUAAGUAUCUGUGUUGGUACGGAGUGCCUCUGGAAUCAUCACAGCUCCACAAAGACAUGGGUCAAGGUGUUACUCAUACUUUGCAGUGAUUUUUAUCAUCCAGUGGCUAUACUGUAAAGCAAUGCUGUCAGGUUCCUGAAAACUGAUUUUUAAAGUUCUUUGUUUAUUAAAGUUAAUUUCUGUAAAAGAGAGACAGCAGAAGCACAGGUUUUUUUCUCCUAUAGGGUGUUUUUGCCUCAUGCAUUGAUGCAUAGUGAGUGACAUUUGUGGUUUGCUCUUUCAGACAGGUGUGUUUCUUUACCUGGUGAAAUACUUAAAGUAGGCUGGGUUUUGGGUUGUUUGGGGCUUUUUGGUUUGUUUUGUCUUUCGAAAGAAGAACAAAGACUUAACAGUUCUGCCAGGGAGACAUGCUGUGGUGUGGUACCCUAGCUUUCAAGUUGCUGAUUUCCCUUUAAAACCUAUACCCUAGCAGUUUAAAGACUUGUCUUUGAGAAGCUAUAUACAUGCUUAAAUUUGCACCCUAGAACUUGGGUAAUUCUGCUUGGUCUUUUGCCAUUUAUGAAGAAUUCUUGCCAGGGGCAGUGGGAAGUUAUUAUUUAGAAAUUGUUCCACCAUGGUGUGUGGAAAUCUAAGCCCUUGUGAGUACAAUCUUCUGAGUCAAUAGUCCUCACACCUAGGAACAAAAUCCACCUUUGGAAGCCAUUCAGCUUCUCUUGGUCCCAGAGGUGAUGGUCUCUCCUCUCCUACCAAGCAUGUGUCUCUUUGGUAGCAGACAUUGAUCCCGUUUUAGGAAGUUGCUUAUGGAGAUUUUCCAUGACAGUCACAAGUCAAGGGCGUGCUUUUAUUACUGAGCAAGCCCACUUGUGUGUUUCCUGAGAUCAGAGGCUGAAAUUCAUAAUUUAAUUUUCUCAGAGUCAGGAACUGAAUUUUGACAUAUUCAAAGAUGAAGGGAAGAGUGGGAUCACCUAUUUGUGGACGUUUAAGUAUAUUUACAACCCCAUUCUCUCUUCUUGUACAUAAGCACUACUUCGAUGUUGAUGCAAGUGAUUAAAAGUGACCCGUUUAUAGUUUUUUCAUAUGCUUCAACAUAGAUUGUAUGUGAUUCCAUGUGGACCUGACAGCAGGUGGCUGUGUGGGUGAGGGAGAGGAUUGUCCUCACAUCUGCAGCAUUUGGCUUCACCCCUGCGUUACGUGCACACUGUGUGGUGCCACCAUGCUCUGUAAGGGUGCGGCACCUAUGAUGUUUCUGGAAGCGAGAGUCCGGUACCAUGUCACUAAAUGCUUUGAACGCGCAGUAUGCAUCUGUCAGUGUAACUGCAAGUGUGUGUGUUUAGCACAGACACUGAUAUACUUAGAUUCUAUGAGCAUGGAAAGAGGUUUUGGUACAGUUUUAUCAUGUGAACACUUUCAGUAAUAAGUUUAUAUCUUACAGUUGUGUUUUUCAGGGACCUUAUAGUAAAGAAAUGUACAUCUGAAUUUUUUGUGUAACCUACUUAAGUCUAUAUCGAAUCUGGAUUUGAAGACAGAUUUUCAGUGUGUCUUACUGCCUUGAAGGAUAAUUGCAUUUCCUACUCUUAAGUACUUACACCUUGGAAAAUCACUGCUCUAGAUCUCACACACAUAGAAGUAUUUAUGGCUAUUUAUCUCUGAAAAGUCAAUCAGAUUUUUUUCUGACUCUCGAGUCAAAUUCAUUCUCUGUGUUAACUGCAACUAAUGUGUGGUUGUCUUCAUUUAUUUAAGUAUAUUGUACUUAAUAUCUCAAUGAACAUGUCGGGUUUUUGGAGGAGUUUUUUGCUCUGCUUUUAUUUUUAAGGUACACUGGAAAUUGAAAAAUUACUUGCUGCUUGAUGUUCGUGAAUUAGCUUAUAAGCAGAUAUUUGUAGUUACCUGUUCUUGACUCAUGUGUUUCCAAUAUGAGAUGAAAACUUAAGAGUUCUACAAUAUCUUAAUGUAAAAGCCAAAAAACUUGUUUUGCCUUUGCUUUCACCUUCAAGCCCAUUCUUCAAGGAAAAAAGAAAAACGAAAAGUCUUAUGUUUGCUUCUUUGUUUAAUGAUUCUGUAGCACAUUGUUUGUGCCAAAUGUUUUUACUUGUAGAUUCCUGCUGUAAUAUUGGAGAGUAUAGUGUCCAGUCCACAGUACAGAGGACCGAGAGUUAUUUUUUGUUGCGAUUCUGUUAUGGUUUUGUAACCCUCGGCAUCAUGUUUUAUUGCAAACAAACACAGAGAUCUUGUCUAUGGGGGGAAAGUAACAGAACCAAGUGUUUCUUACUGGUCUUUCAGUUCGUUCAUUCUUCUGAUUGCAGGUUUAACUUUUACUGCAGAGGUCAUAUUCUAGAUUUAUACAUUAGUAGCAGCUGUCUUCAUGCAGAAUUAUCUGUGCAAGAUAUCCACAGCUUUAACAGACAUUUUGGUCUUCCCACAAAGGAAACAGCUUUAUGUGGCAUGUCAGCUGAUUUCAGUCAUGGUUAUUAUAUUUAUGUAGGGUAGUUUGUAGCAGUACUGUGAUUACCCUUCAUCCCAAUGUUCUCGUAUGACCUUUGAUAUGCCCAGGAAGUGAGGCAACAGUAUGUAACUACGUAAUAAAAUACCAUCACCCACACAUACACAAUUUAUCCAAGAGAUUGUUUACCACUGCAGGAUAUACCAAAUUUCUUUUCCAACCUAGAGGUUAAGACUGCCAGUAGAAAUUUGGAGUGAAGAGCCAUGCAAUGCCUCCCUGUGAACCUGGAUUACCCCAUUACUGUGUAAGGCAGUGUUCCCAGCACCCUUGAUGGUGGCAUAGAGCGGGAGCCCCUCCUGGGGGUCCCUGCAUUCCUCCAACACCAGCAUCCAGCCUGCGUGUGCCACUCAGUGUACUCUAGCUCUGCCUCUCCAGUUUGCAUGCUGGCAGUCCCUGCUUUAACUACUUCUCACUUCAAUUCCUUUGUCCAUACUGUUGUAUCAGGAGGGUUGUUCACAUCAGCUAAUAGGUGUAACGGACUUGAGAUUUGCAGACAAAGACAUUAGUGGGUGACAUUAGUAUACAGGAAACUGGCAGAACAGAUGAGGUGGAAGAAAUCCUUGAGAUGCUCUUCUUAACUCAGGUGCACUUUUUAAUGUAUAGUCUCACAGUUACAGUGGUGAACUAGUAGAUGUUGAGUGCCAAUUUGUGAAUGCUGCUCAGCCAUAACAGUAGAUCAAAAGAGAGGUGACCUCAACCAGCAAGGCCAGGCUAGGAGCCAUUUCAGCAGCAGAUGCAAUAACCUUGAGUGUACAGGGAAGUGAGAACCUGGAAUAAAUGUUGGAAGCACCCCAGCACACCUGAGAUCAUGGCUUCUGAGGAUGCUGAUUAGCUGGCCUUAGUUCCUAUAAGUGUAAUUAAAGAGGACCUGAUUCAUGAGGCUGAUGAGGAAAUGAGUGCAGAAAGGAGAGGUUGUGUGCAGUAGAAGUAUGUACACUGAUAGUCAAGUAUGGAUUUUUUACUUGAAGUUUUGUUAGUCAGGGAAAUCCUUUGCAACAAAGUAGUUGAUCUUCUGCUGGUAAAGCUUUGUAUUAGCCAUCUAAUUAAUUGAUUAGUUCCUAUAGAGCUGUGGAAAACGGACAUUAAAAUGUUGCCCAUGUUAUACUGCACAUCUGUGCAGAGGCAGGUUAUUAUUUGAACACACAUUUUUCUGAGCUGGUAUACUACCCUUUCUUCUGUACUUUGUCACUAGGAAAACAAUAAAUGAGUUAGAAGAAUGGCAUCACAUGCUAUUCCUUCUUAUUUUCGUAUAAUUUCAGGACAACUUUUCAGCCAGUACCAUGACUCAUUUCAGAGGUGGCUACCAAGUUUGUGUUUCCCUGUGUGUGGGAUGUUAACCUCUCUUAAGUAGAAAAAAAGAUGCUUCAUAGAAACAAGAGACAGAUCUCCAUGUAUCUUCUAGUGUUUGGGGGGUGAUUGUAUGCAACAGAAAGUUGUAGUUCCAUAGUUCAAUACUGUCUUUCCAGGGUAGAUAUGAGUAGCAUGUCCGUAAGUCCUCUGAGGCCCUACAGGGACAAAUGUCACUCGAGAGAAGUUGUGUCCUAUUACCUCUGCAGUGUAUGCUGAUGCCAGACUGUACUAUACAGCCCAUGGAAGUGAGUAGUCUACAAUAUGUUGGGGUUUUUUUCUUCUUUAGCUUGUUUUUUAUCUUCUAUACUAUAUUUUAAAUCCCAUGACCACAUGAUGAUUGGAAUUAUGGAUUGGAUUGGCAUCAAAUUCUUAAAAGGAGUAUGAGAUUAUCCUUUUCUUAGGAUUUAGAGAGAUGAGCAUAAAAAAGAAGGUUUAAAAGUUGCAGAGGCUGCUUCUGGCUUUUUUGAAUACCGACUAAUAAUUUGAUUUUUAUUUUUCCUUUAAAGUUGUUGGCUUUUCUUGAAUGGAAAGCUUCAGAACAGGAAAUGUUUUAUUCAGCUCUGACUGGAUGUGCAAACCCCACGCUAGUUGUAAAGUUUUUUCUGGCAAUCAUCUGCCUGCUGAUUUCUAGUAACUAUUCCCGGCACUAGAUACCAGAGGAGGCGGUUUCUGUUUUGUUCAGUUUGAAACAUCACGAUACAUUUCCCUCAGCAAGUGGCUUACAUGAUGUUUUUUGGCUUCAGUUUUUAUGCAUAAUGACAGUGAAAACAUUUGAUUGAUCCCAGAGAAUAGGAGAGAGUUGUUCGUUGAGAUUUUUACCCGCAAUCUUCUUUAGUCUACUGUGAUGCAGAUGGCUGAAACCCUUAUUCGGGUAAAGAUUGCAAGUCAGGCUUGUAUGCAACCAAGUGAAACAUUCACUAAUUUUUUCAUCUUAAUUUCUCUGAGCUGAUUAAUGUAACAGCAGUUAGACAGUGUCAUUCUGCAUGAAAUGCUGCAGUGUGACUUCCCCUUUGGCUGCCGACAAGCAUCGGGUGCUCCAGAGACACUGGAGUUACUGAAACAUCCACAGGCAGAAAUGUGGAAGUGACCCCUAAAUAGAUGUGUCUGUUUUCAGACACCAAGGUUGGGACAUUUGGGAAGCGGGAAGCACAGCUACUGCAUACCUCUAAACUUUAAAGCAUAGCUAUUUUAAGUUAAGCACUUAAAACGGAAGCACUAGGGUACUUAAUGGAAACAUUUGCAAAUUAGGGCCACUGGGUACUGGCAGUGUUAAUUUGUGUUUAAACUAAUAUAAGAUAACCUCUUCCCUUACAGCUAUAAAUAGAACUGAACUGGUUCUGUUCUGUGAUUAAUAUGAAAACCUUGACUACUUGGGUUAUUGCUUCAAAUUGCCAAGUAAAAAAAUCUGUGUCAACAUACAAUGAUAAAGUUCAUGUGGAAGAGUGAAAGCCAUGUAUGUUGGAGUACAGAUUCAGUUAAAAAAAGGGGGCAUGUGUUUCGCAUGUAAUUUUUUAAUAUGCAAAGCGGAACAUAGCUAUCUAAAAUAAAUAUCUAUUCAUGUAUUUCUAGGCAUUGGUAAUGAAGGGCUAAUUGUCCUCUAAACUGAAGUGUGCAGCAUAAAAGCAGCACCUCCUACCACCAAACCCUUUCUCAUCAGUCUGGUUGAAAACGGCUUGUUUUAUUGUAGUGACUCCUUUGAAGUUUGUGAUGUUGAAGGCCAGCAGGGAUGGCCACAUCUGACUUGUUACCCCUGUAACACAAGUCAUUACUACAUGCAACGUAUAUUGAGCACAUAACUCACGGUAUUUGGAAGAGGCAUGUUAGCCUCCAGCCUUGAUUUGAAGAUGAAGGGUAAAUCUUCCAUCUUACUUGAUAGUUUGUUUCCAUGCCAACAACCAUCAGAGUUUACAGAAACCACACCUGACUUUUUAUUUUUUAAUUCUGAGUUUUUCUUGCUUCAGCUCCCAACUGCUGGUUGUUGGUGCCUCUUUCUCCAUUAAUUGAAACAGGCUCUUAAGUUAUGCUUUUGGACCAAUCAGUGCAUUACAGACAAGUUAGGUCAUUAUCUUUUUAGAUAAAUUUACAUAUAAAGUUAUUGAAUCUCUCCCAGUAGGGUAUUUCCUACAGCCUUGAAAAUGUUUGGGGGCAGUGAGAGAUAGAAAGAGAUCCUUUUCAGCCCCCUCUCCUUCUGUUUGAAAGGAAAGAUUGGGACACUGGAAUUCAAGUGUCCUAAUUACAAGGCAAGCUGUGUUGCUCUUGUUUUUAGGGUUUUGUUGUUGUUGCAGUUUUUGUCCUCCCUCAGUUCUCCAGCACUUUACCUUGGAAGUGCUGGACUUGAGAGGGAAAACUGAUUUCUACUUGCUGUAGUGCAGGGGUGAACAGCAUCAAUUCUGCCUCCAUUCAGGUUCUCACCUGCAGUCGUCACUUCAAUGCAACUUCCUAAAUCCUUUAUUGUACUCCUGCUUUAUAGACUGAAGCCCGUAUAACUUGCAGUUACAGAUUUGGUGAAAGUAAAAUGCAGUUUGAGUACGGUGUGCUUGUUUUUUUUUUCCCCAAAAUCAGUUUCAAAUGUUCGUUCAGAAUCUGUGAAGUGGAUGUAAGCCUCAUCAUUUUUACCAACCUGCUAAGCUUUUGGUCACUUGUAAAUGUUACUGGCAGUGACUUUACUAUUUUUUUAAAAUUCGUUUUCAAUUGAUUAUUGAAAAUAUUGACUAACACCUGGCUUAGGACCGAACUUGUGGAACCAGCAGAAACAUCUUCAUUUAAUUCUCUGUUGACAAGGCCAACUUCAGAUCUGGCAGGAGUCUUAUGGUCUUCAACAUUUAACAUGUUUUCUGUUGGUGUCACUUGUUCCAUUUUUAAAAGGAAGCAUUUGGGGGAAAAAAAAAUAAAUAAAUAAAUAAAAGGAAAUGCUCCACCAUAUCAGUCUCAGUAAAGGUGGGAGUUUCAGUGAGCUAAAACAGACUACUAGGGAAAUGUUAAUAGGAGACAAUAGGUGGGGGAGGGGGGAUGGAACACACACAACCACCAGAUGGGAUGAGCAUGUCUGCGGCAAAGAUAGUGCUUUCUCCCCGUCGCAUCCUGAGCUCAGCUGGUCUGAGAAACAUUUCUUCCACAAGAGUUAGCAAGGAGAAUUUUGGGAGGGGGUAGUGCACCCAGGUCUUAGGGCCUUCUUUUAGACUGUUUGUUCUGUGUGUUUUGGAGCCUGAAUAAAAAAAUGCUGUUUUGAAAGGUUCUUUCUGAUGGUUACUAGAAUGAACUGACUAAAGUAUAGGAGCAUGCAGUUUCCAUGGGGAACUGGGCCUUUCCCAUGAAUGUGGCUAGGGAGAAAGAGAGCCAACCUGCCUGGUUGGGCUGUGUUGACCCCCUCAGAGUUUUGGUUCCCACUGUAUUGUGUCCAUGCCGUGCUGUUUUGUUCUAUUUUUUCCCCUUAUCAUCUAUAAACCUCUGCUUCCUUUUGAAUGUAGAUACAGCAGGCAGCAUGGCCGUUGUUCCUAAGUUUAUGAGCAUUUUUAAUUCCCCCCCAGUCCAAUCAGUCUCAUGCUGUGUAGGACUGGUGGCAGCUGCUUAUCUGUAAAGGCUUUUCCAGUUUUAGCAUCUGCCUGGCCACACUUCUCUGCCAGGGAAGUUCCCGCUGUCCCCAGGAGACAUCAAGGAACAUGUAGUGAAUGUGCUAGACGUCAUCUCCAGAUCCAGAUAUUUUCUUUCUGGAGUUCUUAUAUCUGGGUCUAAAAGUCUCAGCAACUUGGUUGGCUUCAGUCUGACCUUUGCGACACAAGCCACCUGUAAAGUGUCUAGCAGGUAGCUGCUGAUAAUUACAAGAGCCUCGUGGUUCCUUACAGACUUCUCUUUGACCUCUGGUGCUACAGCUACUCAGUUGAAGUCCCAUUCCCUGGUACCUCAUCCAGUAAAACCCAGAAAUGUUUCCUCCAGCUCCCUCUGAAAUGCACUAUCACUGUUUAUCCUCCUCCAGCAAAUGUCCACUGCGGUUUCUCUGCUCACACACCCACUGCCAGCAAUUAGGCCACAGGCUCUGGUGCCCCCUCAGCCAUCUGUCCCCAAGGAUGAUGUGGGGGUAACCAUCUGGAACACAAGAAGUAGAUCGUUGACAUCGUUCUUUAAGACUGGCUGCUGUUUGGCUACUUGUAGUAAAUCUAGGUGAGGCAUACACAGGUCUCAGUGGAUUACAGAGUGCAGCAAGGCAGAUGAGAUCAACCCAUUUUUAUGGCCCUGGCAUUUUUCAAUCCAGUCGUUGAGACAACCAACUGCAAAGUCUGAACUUCUGGUUUAUAACCAGAAUUUUUUGGAGGUGUUUAAUGCGGAGCCCUGACCCCCAUGUCUGUUGCAUCCUUUUUGGUGAAUUAUUCUUGUGUAAUAUUUAGGUGGGUUUUAGUUGUUGCGAGGUUUUUUUUUUUGUGUGUGUGUUUUGUUUUUUUUUGAGGAACUUCUGAGGAAGCUCUUACAGUUCCUCUUUAGAACAAAGUUCUGGUUUUUAAUCCUUUUCUUAGAUUUCUCAAAAGUUUGUGAACAUGUCUUAACUGGUUCCUGCAUGUGCAGUUUUGCUGGGGAGAGCUUGUCCACAAUCCACUGCUCUGAGCUUGGCUGUAUUUUCUGAGGCCAAAAAGCAGAACAAAAAGCCAAAGCUGUAGAUCUGAGGGGAAAUAAAACCAUUUAGGAAACUCAGUAUGCUCCUUAGUUGCUUGACUCUUUUGCUUAUGUUCAAUCACCCGGUUUUCUCUAGUCUGAAGUGCAUUUCUGUGGAUUUGGUUUGCUGGAUUGUUUUUCUCCUUCAAUCUUUUGAUGCUUUUUGGAAAAAUUCUUCAGGCCAUAUUGUUAUACUCCACUCUUGUUUUUUAGGUGUAUUAGUGACACCCACAGUACUUGGGUAAGCACCUUUAUGUUGCUUUCCAGCAUUGUGAAUUUACUGUUGAAGUGACAAGUAUGUCAGUUAGGCACAGACAGCAGCCAAAAGUCAGCUCCUGCCUGCACGUACUACUGUCUUUCUACCUACUGCAUGGAGGCAGGGGAUCUUACAUGGUGUUUGUUAAUGCUUGGUAGAGAUUUUGCAUACUGAAGUUAAUUUCAUUAAAAAUAGAUAUAAAAUUCUCACUUCUUUUUUCCACUGUCAAAUUCACAUAGGCUCAGAGAAACAUCUGCUGGAUCAAAGUCUGUUAGCUCCUUCAGUGUGUUCCUGAUUGCUGAAACUCCCUCCAGCCUUGUUUGUUUGGAAAAAGUCAGGCAUAACAUUGGAUCUACACAGCCUGCAGUGUUUCACAAGGCAGAUAGGAGCAGUGCAGUACUUGCACAAGCAUGAUCAUGCAGAUUCACAGGCAGGAAAUGCUGCUUGGUACUUAACAUCUCCUUGUCCUGUCUGUCCCCCAUUAUGCUUGUGCCAUCCAAAUUGGUUCUUCCUUCCCUCCGCGCUCCUUUGGGGUUAGACCAGGGAAAUGGCUAUCAGCUGUUCCCAGGCACUACCAACUGAGAUGGUUGCAAAUAAGAUGCUUGGGCACACAGAAACUUGGGAGAGAAUAACAAGCUAAAAAUGUGAGAUAAAUUGUCCUUGGAUCAUGACCGUCCCUUUCUAAUGUCUGGCCAGGCAGAACCAUAAGUGCUCGUCCCACUGAGGUUGUAUCUGCCACCUGAGAUGUGCUGCAAAUAAAUUACCAGCUUUGCUGUAGUUAUUUUACUUAUCAGGGGAUAACUAAUCUUUUUUUGUACUGCAGGCUUCAGUUUAGAAUAGUUGGUUUUAUUUUUCUCACAGACAUCAAAGAAGUUCUGAUUGGCAGAUUGGAAAUUUGCGUAAGGUCUGAAAGGAGGAUUUAUAGGAAACGAGCAGAUGGUCUAGUAGAGAAUUUCCCCAGGAGGUUGCAGUUCUUUAAAAGGGGAAAAAACUAAAUAGACUGUACAAAAUUCGACUGUAAAAUUAACUGGCCAGCCAGUAGCUAAAUACUUAACUAAAAUGAUUCAGCUUGGCCCCUAGCAUAAGCAUGUAAUGAAGUGAUGUGUGUGUGAGCUGACACCACACACAUUAUUUCAAGUUUCACCUAAUAAGUGCGCAUGAAUGAAAAAUUAGUUUGCUAUGCACAGUGGUGCGGCCUCUCCUGCAUCUCUUAGUUUCACAGUGGCAACAUGAUUGUUCAGGCAUGCAGGAGAACGCUGCAAAAUGCUGUUCAUUUUAAAUAAAAUAUAUCACCAUUCAGCAGAAUGUAUUUAAUUUUUAAACUGCUCUUUCUAGCCUCGUAAGCAUAAGAAUUAAUAUAUUGGUUAAAUUCUGAUAUUUGAUUAUAUAAUCAAAUAUUUAAUGUUUAAGGGAAAAAAAAUUGCUUUAUUUGGAGGAUACAAGACUCAAGAGCAUGUUAACCCUAAGCAGUCCAAUAUUAUACGUCACUUAAAAAAUCCAUGAACUCAAGUCACUUUGGAGUUGUUUGGCACAUAGCUUUGGACUUCUGAUAUCCAUUUUUCCAAUGUGGUUUUCUUUUUUUUUUUCCUUUCUUUUUUUCCCGAAGCUGUGAUACAUAGAAAUUGCAGGAUUUGUGGGUGGGUGGGUAUUUUUAAAUGGACAGUCAGAUUUUUAGUGCAAAUCCCUUCAUUCCUGCUGCUGAGGUUUUAAGAAACAAAUUUUGUAUGCUACAUUAAACAAACAGGUGCAUUCAGAACCCAGUUGAGUUCAUUGUGCCUUUAAAAAGUUAGGAAAGUACCUUUUUCUUUAAAUCCCUAUGAAAGACCCUUUUUAGAAGGCAGAAAAGUUUUAAUUCUCUCAUGUUAUAUUUUAAAUUGAAUACCCAACAGAGACAACUGUCUGAAAUAAUAAAAAGCAUUUAAUUACUCUCAUGCUUAUCUGUUUGUGUUCUGGUUUGCUUCUCCCAGAAACUUACUCAUAACACCUGGUGUCAUGGGAGCAGUCCCAUGGGCCACGUGCAGACAUAGUUCGGCUCAGAGUCCAUUGGCGUAACACGGGUGCAGAAUGUAAUUAAACUGGAUUUCUCUUCCAGCUUGCUGUGUUUGCGUAAUUUUUCAUAAUGGUAGUAAUACAGCUAUUCAAUUUAGAAACCAGCCUUGAAAACCUUUGACCUAACCUCUUGAAGUACUAAGAGGAAGAGGGUAAAUAUCCAAGGGCUAUGUGAAAUUCUUAAUUGAGCCUAGAUACAUACUUCCUUGUAUAUAACGCCUUACAAAUCUCUGUUCAUGGCAGAUUUUCCCCCUUCCCUCCAGCGAUCCAUUUCCAUUAGCCUCAGACUUAGAGCCUCUGGGAAAAAAAAAUAAAUAAAUCUCAGAAUUCAGCACAAUCUUCCAUAUAUUGAAAAAAAAAAAAUGUCAAAUUCAUGUCAGUGCAGUUGUCCAGGUUCAGCUAAGGCAGAAAUUGUGUCUGCAAAGUGCUUGUUCACAUUAGUCCCAUAUGAACCAAAAUCAGGCACCUCUCUGAGGGUGUGCAAGAGUCUGCAAGGCUGGCAUGGAGAGGGACGAGUUUUCUGUUGUUUAACCAAAGCUCAUCUGGUAUGAAAAUACCAAGAGGUGAGUUGUGAACCCUGUCAUUGAUAGAGUAAUCUUGCAGCUUACUAUUUGCUGGGUUUCUGAAAUUGUCAAUUGUAUAGAAAGCUCUGAAUGAACUAUUUCACAUGUUUGAUCUGCUGCAGUUUGUUUAUAGUGUAGAAUCUGAGUAUACCAUAUGAUGAUGUUUCCUCUAACAAGGUGUAGUCCUUUUGGCUUCCUUUGCAGAAACAGAAGAUCUCUCUAUAACGUGGUCCUCUUGUAUCCGUCAUCUUCAGCCUGAUUGCUUGCCUUGUAGUUCCUAACAUGUGGGGCUGGGUUUAUGCAGAGCCCCUGCCUCCUCACUUUCAGCAGACCUGCUAAGUCUCUGCAAGCUUCUUGGCUCUGAUUUUUACAAUCGUGGAGGAGCUGGAGGAAGGCAUUUUAAAUCUUAAGAUCCUUUUCCUCCUUGAGGUGUAUUUUAAAGUGAAGUAUUUCCAUAACCUUUGUUACGGAUCCGAUAAUGUUUGUGUGGAUUUGAUUUUUGUAAUGGAGGGAGGAAGCAAGUUAUGCAGAGUGCUCAGGGUAUGGGACCAGCUGUGGCAGAUGAGACAAAAGGUCCAUCUAGCUCAGGGUGUUGUCUUCAGCCAUGAGUGAGAGAGUAUGAGAAACAAAGUAUGUACAGAGUGGUCCUGGCUGCAAGAUUUGUACCACGUGAUUUUUGUGAUAAAAUUGAAUUUUGAAGGGUGUGUGGUCACCUGAAAACCUCAGUUUAAAAGUGGAUGUGGCAGGGAACUGAUGAAGGUAAGAGGAUGGAGCUGGUCUGAAAAAAGUGCAGUUGAAGGGAAGGGGAAUCCUCUCCUUUGCAUUGUGGUGUGUAAAGCAUUCCCAGGCUCAGAGGGUAUCCCAGGGAAAGAAUGAAAAUAACUGCAACUGUCUGGAUAAUGUCAUCUGGAGAGUCCUAAGGUUAGCUUUGAUCCUUGCAGGAGGAUCACCCUUAGCAGAGGUGAAAGAGGAGUCCUUCAAAAGUAAUAUAACCAGUCACGACUCUCGUGCUGAACAUCCAUCUUGUUGGUCCCUCUCAGUUUUCUUCACUUUCUAUCUUUUUUUUUUUUCUUCAUUAGUCACCUGGGCUGGGGGUAGAAAGUUGGGACUGUCUCUGAGUUUUAACGCUACCCAAGAAAUCCAACCUCAGAGAAGUCUAGAGAGUUAUGUUACGCUCAAACUGAAGAGCCAUGGUUCAGGAUUUAGGAGGCUGCUCUCACUGUAAAUGAUACAUUAAUGCCACGUUUCCUUUACAGGAAACUAGCAGCUGGCGAGAGCCUGGUCAGUUGUGUUUGGAUGGCUAUGUUAUUUGGAUUGCAGCAGGCAAAUGUAGGGAAGUCAGCAGCUCUGCUUACACAGCUCCGUCUCUUUAGCCUGGAUAACAGGAGUCAUGCAACCAGGGGAAGCUACGCUGAGGAUACACACAUGCAUUCGUGCUGGAAAAUGAAGCUGCAGAGACUUUUAACCCUUGUGCCUUCCCUGUGCUUCUGGAGCAGUUUGUGUGAAGAUAGUGAAGGCUGGCAGCUUCAAAGCACUGAGAAAAUGGAGGUCAGGAAGGAACUGACAGCAACUACUGCAAUCUGGGAUUCAUGGAAUCUGGUUUUAUUUUGUCAUCUUGUAGAGAAUGAGAAGGCUUUGGGGCAUUCCAUGAGCCGCUCUAGUAACAUCUCAAAGGCUGGAAGUCCAACCUCUGUCUCUGCCCCUCAUAGCUUCUCUCGGACUUCUGUUACCCCAUCCAACCAGGACAUCUGCAGUUCCAGUGCAGUGUUUUCUGAGUGUUGUCAUCAAAGUCCAGUGCAGUCUGCUGUUGUCUUGAAAAAUCCUCACUGCCAGAGCCCUCUGACACAAGGGGUCACUGUGACAGUAAUCUGUCAGGACACGUUACAUGCAGCAAAGAGAAACUCCCGUGGGCAGGAUCGGGGCCAGGCACUCAGGUCUGCUAAGAAUGUAAAGCCCACCCGCACUCUGAAAUUCUCCAAGUCCCUCAAUGACGUGGACCAGAAGGCGCAGAGCACCAGUGAGUGCUUUGACUAUGUGGAGCGAACACGCUCAGAAGGCAAACUGAUCCCGACUCAAGAGCAGUGUUUAAGGAUUAACAAAUUUCAUCUUAAAGAGAGGAAACCGCUAAAUCUCAGGCCUCUUUCUUUUAGCAAUUCUAAGCACUCCUACAUCCCUUCCCUUUCCAACUACUCAAGUGCAUCAGGAGGAGCGGAGAACCACAGCGCUGUGCAUAUCCCCUUGCUGGAGGACAAAGUGGACCAUGACACCUCAAGGAGCAAAAAACUGUUGCGCUACCUUUUUUCCUUCUCCCACACCUCCAGCACCAGCAGCCUGCAUAAGUUCCAUGAACUGGAGAGCUAUUCCAGUCACUUCCAAGCUGAGAAAUCCUCCAGUGUGCUGGUGGAAAGCACGGACUUCUGCUCUGAUGAAAUGGGAGAUGAUGACGUCUUUGAGGACAGCACCUCAGUGAAAUUGAAAACAAAAGAGCAGCGCGCACCGCUCUGUUCAGUUGAGAAGGACAGUGACCUUGACUGCCCUUCCCCCCUCUCAGAAAAUUUCCCCCCCCUCUCCCCUGUGUCCACAUCGGGGGAUACAUGCAGGAUAUGUCACUGUGAAGGAGAUGACGAGAGCCCUUUGAUUACCCCCUGUCACUGCACGGGAAGUCUUCAUUUCGUGCACCAAGCCUGCCUACAGCAAUGGAUCAAGAGCUCAGACACACGAUGCUGUGAACUGUGCAAGUAUGAGUUCAUCAUGGAGACAAAACUGAAGCCUUUGAGAAAGUGGGAGAAGCUGCAGAUGACGGCCAGCGAGAGGAGGAAGAUCAUGUGCUCUGUAACAUUCCAUAUCAUUGCCAUCACCUGCGUUGUGUGGUCUCUCUAUGUCCUGAUAGACAGGACCGCUGAAGAGAUUAAACAGGGACAGACUACUGGGAUUCUAGAGUGGCCAUUUUGGACUAAGCUGGUGGUUGUGGCUAUUGGUUUCACUGGAGGACUUCUGUUCAUGUAUGUGCAAUGCAAAGUGUACGUACAGCUGUGGAAGAGACUUAAAGCUUAUAACCGAGUAAUAUAUGUACAAAACUGUCCAGAAACUAGCAAAAAGAAUAUUUUUGAAAAACCUGCACUAAUGGAGCCAAACUUCGAAAGUAAAGAGAUGCUUGGGGUUCACCAUUCAGACACAAACUCUUCACAUUACACAGAGCCAGAAGACUGUGCUGCAGAAAUCCUUCACGUCUGAUUGCUGUGUGGGAGGGAUGUUUCUGUAUGUCCUUGAAGAUUUAAAAUAUCAUUGUUUACUGCAAACUGCUCUACCUUUUUAAAAUCAGCUAACAGCUGAGGGCUGGUGGAUGAAAUUUUUUACAUUUGUUUUUUGUUGGAGUUUUUUAAAAUCCCUUUGGCAUAUCUGUCAAUGUCAUCGUGGUUGCAUACCUCUCAAUAUUUUGUCUCUCAUACUGGCUGAUCAAAGAGUCAUAGGAUACUGGGUAGAGUGAGCCUUGGGUUUGGUAUCAAGCAAACCGCUAGUGAACUGUCAUCAAGUUCAUGGAGUCUGUUACUUUAGAAGAUGACUCUAAAUUAUUCUGGAAUAUGUGUAGAAUGGUGUUUGUUCUUUAAGUGUGAUGAAGGAGGUUGUCCCAGACAUUGAGAGAAAUUAGAGAUUUGGAGUCUAAUCUACUGCUAACACUGCCACUAACAUUUUGUCUUAGGCAGCAGGUGUAAAAUUUUGCUUUACAUAUGUGAUGAGACUUACAAAGCAUAUAGCACUUUUAAAAAUCUUUAUUUUGUAAUACAUAUGUCAAACGAGAAUGAAACUUGAAAGAAUGUGUUAUUUUCUAAACAUUUCUUCAUUCUUUACCCCAUCUAUUCUUCUGGAACAUAAACCUCUUGCCUUAUUAAAAAAAAAAAUUCCAACCUGUGAUUUCCAACACAUGCCCAUGUUAUCUUACUAAACAUAACACUACAAAACUCUGCCUCUUCAGAUUUCCUUUGAGGAGCAGUUUUUUCCAAAGGAUGUUGCACUUGUGACUUGUGUACAAAAAGUAGUGGAUGUGUACAGUGCUUGUUUCAGUGCUCUGUUUUGGGGAUUGGUUUGGGGUUUUUUUUUCAACAGGUCAAACCAUCAACACACCUGCACAUAAAUAUCUAAUGUAACUUUAAUUCCAAAUCAUUGGCAAAGGGUUUGUUUCUAUAUUGGUAAAAAUGUGAGCUGUCAUGAAAAAAAAAAAAAGAUACUUAGUCAAUACAGCUGAAAUUGGUUUCCCUUUUGUGCUGUGUCAUGUGUGAAUUACCCAAAAAUUUGACAUUGUCAGAGGAGAUGCUGAGAUCAAAGUCUGGGAAGUAAAUAUUGCAUUAAGUGAAUGAGUUUAAAUAUACCUGCCUGGUUUUAGUCCUGAUGUGAUGCAUUAUGUGGUCAGAUAAUAGUUUUGUCUGUGCUUUUGAAUUUGGGACUGUCUUAUUAAUCAGACAGCCUUAGUGAGAAGAGAGAGACAGCUUUAAAAUCUGUUUGCCGGGCUUUAGACAGAGUUGCCCAAAGCCUGAGGUGUCUGCUGUUAAUUUGCUUGACCAAUCUGCUUCACCAAACCACUGUCCAGCUUCAAACCCUCAUUUAACUAAAAUCUUGGUGUGACUGGAGCGGAAGCAAAGCCCCACCAAAAGUCAGUACAUGGGGCCUCUGCAUUUGAAAGCUGACUUUCCCUACCUGAGCCCUAUCUAAAUCUCUGUAAAGUCAAUGAUAAUCUUCUGGUUAGUCUUAGCAGGGGUUGCCUGGACUUCUCAGUGAGGUAAAAAUUUUUAUUUACCUGUUGAGAUGCUGAACUAAAUCCCCAGCUCUGGUUCAGGUAUUACUUAGUCUUUUUCAAGUACAACUUUAAUUGGACAAGUUCUUGUGAUAAUAAAAGUAGUUGCUGUAAGACUUCCCAAAGAAUAACAGUAAGAGAUUGGUGAUUUUUUUUUUUCCUUAAAAUGUAAUAUUAAUGUAUUUCUAACUUAAUAUUUUAAAAGAAGGCAGAGCAGGGACUAUGGUAAGAGAACACACACCUGUGAUUUCUAAGAGCUGUUAGAGGAAAAGCAUAUGUGUGAUCCCAUGCUGGAAGCUCGCUGGCUGUGAUCUUCAUGAAUAACACGGUACCUUGUUCUUGAGAUGUUUUUAAAUACCCAGACCCAUAGGCAGUCCUAGCAAAGCUGCACUGGCACAGGUUUGCAUGCCGUGCUAGGUUGUCGGGAUGUCCUAUGCUUAUGUGAUACAGGCAGACAAACCCUACAUACCCUGCUAAUAUCGGGGCAGCAGUCUUCGUGACCAUAUGCAUGUAGAGUUUGUUGCCUAUGCCUGCCAUAAUUUUAAGUGCAAUUACUCGGGCCAUUUCCUGAACUCUGCUGUGGAUGGUCCUCUUCUAUUACGAGAACCAAGAUAAUACACUGUCUUGUUUUGUUUUCUAUUUUGUUCUGUGAAAAGAUUUACUAGAUAAACUCAGGUGGUUUAAAUAUCAGGUCUUGCACACUUUCAUCAUGUUCUUCUGAAAUGCCCAAGUGCACAAGGCUUACAUGUCUGUGGGAUGCUCACGUUACAGCUACAAGAUGCACUGAUUCAGCUGCCAACUGAUGCUGCACACGUUCUCAUCCAAGCUGUGGCCAGUAGGUGAAAUCAAAAUGGAAAAGUUCAGAUAUGAAACCUGCUUGUUCUCCAUCUCACACCUGAGAAACACUGGUAUCUAAUCAAUGCUCUGACAAGUGCCGAUAUGGCAUACUGUAACAUGCUGGUCCUGUUUCAGUCACUGUCAUAUGUGAUUUUCAGUGAAAUAUUGUGAAAUCAUGCGGUUUUGGAAGCUCUGAGUGGCAUGUGUCAUUGUGUCCAGUGUAUUCAGGAUACUGAAGGUUUUUGCUGUGCCCAUGUGUAUCUUGGGAAGUAAAACCAUCUCAAGAAAAAUCAUCUGGGGAAAAAUAUUUGUGUAUGAAACUGUUUUAGCCAGUGUUGCUGCUAACUGUUCCCUCUCCCAGCAGGUCUUUUUUGAGUGAAAAUUAAGACCUAAUAUUUUAACUCUUUUUACUGCUUAGGAAUGUUCAUACCAAGAAAGGCUGCAGAAGAGAUCCGUCUGUCAGGGGUUUUCAUUUAUUCUGGUCACACUUCUCAUGCUGAUUCUUGCUGGUGUUAGCAGUGGGCUUCUGGAGCUGCAGUUCUCUGCUUCUGCAUGGUGCCAUCAAAUGGUGUGAGAAGGCUUAAUGGUGCUUUUUCCUUCUUUCUCCUCAAGGAGAUACCAUUGACUUUUUUUCAGCUUCCAGCUGCAAGGCACUGAUGCUCACUCAGGUGAGCUUUGUCCUUCCUGCCCAGAUGUCUGUAAGAGGAACAAUCAUCUCUUGUCAGGUCAGGCUUUCCAGCGCUUCCUUCUGGCAGCUUUUGAAAUGACUGAAAUAGAUGUCUGACUUUUUUUGGUCCUUGUUCCUUGGCCAAAGUUAGUUUGGGUUACCUGGGGCUUUUCUGAGACCAGAACUUAAGUAGGAGGAAUUAUAGGUCUAAUACUAUCUACCACCAUUCCUUUUCUAGAUUGACAGAGCCUUUGCUGAUAUGCCGCAUGCCCUAGACAUAUGACCAGCUGCCCCUUCUAUUGACUUAAAUCCUGUCAAGUGCUGACUGUGCCAAGGAAAGUUCCCCACCAUGUCAUUUUUUGUAUAUCUGCCAGGUCAUGAACAUGCAUUAUGUUGGAAAUACAGGUGUGUGGUGCAGAGGGUUGAUCCCAUUUAAGAGAUCAUGGGAAGUUAAAUUCCUAUGCAUUCUCAGGACUUUCUUCAACUAUAACCCUGUAUUUUAGGAGCUGGGGUAAUGUUUAAAAUGUUGCCCUGUGUUCUGAAGAGAUGGCCAGACCUGGGGACAGAUUCCUGUGGUUGAAUGUCAUUGAGAUUGGCUUUCCUUCUGCAGGAGGAAUUCAACAAACAUUACACUGAGCCUACCAGGGAUUAUAGAAGUGCUGGGCCUGUGCUGUACCUGGGAAAUCCUGGGAAGCAACAGUAACUCCUUGUCCCCGCCCAUUUCUGCCCAGCCCUGUACUGAUCAGGGCAUCCGUCCCGCUUGUGGUGGUGCUGUAAGGAAGGGGUCUGGUUGGUGUGCUGCUCUUCAGAAGCCUUUGAAGUGAUGCGUGGAUAUGGCCAAGCAUGAGAGCUGGUUGCUGCUGCCCUGUGUUUGACUGGGUGUCUAUUACAAAGUGGGACCCAGGUUCAAAUUUCUCCUAAAGCUGAGUGUGUUAAGCUACAGAUUUCUGGUGUACUCCACUGUGGAGACUGCGGCCAGCAACGAAAGGGAGGUUGAUGACUCUGGGUUGGGUCCUUCUCAAAUAUGGCUGAAACAGGGGAAAUAGAAAAGCAAGGGUAUUGCUAGGUGGGUUUUCACAGCAUUAUAUCAGAUAUGCAAAGAAAACUUCUAAGUGGGACCUUCUAUUUUGUGAUUACUUUUUAGUUCUGAGAUAUCACAGCGUCUGCAUAUCCCAAUGAAGUACUGAAAGCACUUGUGUAGAAGGUAACUGUUUAAAAAUUGCAGCUGAUCUUGUAUUUAGGUAAAACAUUUGUAGAUAGGUAAUUGUAUAAUGUUAAAAAAACUUUACACUGGCAUGUGUUGUAUAGUUUAUACAAGUCACUUCACAUUUCUGCGGAGUUUUUUAGUUAGUAAAUUUCUAGUAACUUAAAUGUAUAGUUUUGUAUCCUUUCAUGUAUGUUCAUUUUCUCAGUAUUACCACUUGCAGAAUUAUUUUUAGUUUCUUGAACUGUAAUUGGUUAUUUGUGUGUGAUACACAGGGUUAUUAACUGCAGCAAUAAAGUGUUUCUAUUAAAAAGAAAAUAACAAAAUUAA